CAAUAACCGUAGGAUACCGCAGGAAAAGCCCAUUUACGAGGCAGAAGUUGAACACCUAGCUUCCCGGCGGUCUACUCCGAAGAAAGUUGGCGGAUAUUAUAUAACACUCACCUAAAAGAAGGAAGCAACAUCUUCAUUAUUCAAGAUGGAGAAUUUACUGCUAAAUGCUUCUGUAGCUUAUCGCUCAGCAGGAAAGCCCCCAGUUGUCUGGGGCUUUCCUCCCGGUGCAUCCAUUAUCGACACAGUUCCAGAAGACAUGCUGGAAAUGAUCCAUCCCCACUGGAAGAAAUUCCCUCCAGUCAAUCCAAUGUGGCACUAUCUACUGGGCCUCAUCUACAUUGUUUUGGGAAUCACUUCCAUCACUGGAAACUCUUUGGUUCUUCAUCUGUUUAUGAAAACUAAGGAUUUGAGAACUCCCGCGAAUAUGUUUGUGGUAAACUUGGCUUUCUCCGACGUGUGCAUGAUGAUCACGCAAUUUCCAAUGUUUGUCCUCAACUGCUUCAAUGGUGGAGUCUGGCUCUUUGGGCCUUUAUUCUGUGAACUCUACGCUUGCACCGGAUCAAUUUUUGGUCUCUGCAGCAUCUGCACCAUGGCCGCCAUCAGCUACGAUCGCUAUAACGUUAUCGUCAAUGGGAUGAAUGGAACACGAAUGACAUUCGGCAGAGCAGCAUUGUUCAUUCUCUUUUGCUGGGUUUACGCCAUUGGCUGGAGCAUCCCUCCCUUCGUCGGAUGGGGAAAAUACAUUCCGGAAGGAAUUUUGGAUUCCUGCUCAUUUGACUACCUCACGCGUGACACGGCGACUAUUUCCUUCACUUGCUGCUUGUUUGUCUUUGACUACUGCUUCCCACUCAUUAUCAUCGUUUAUUGCUAUUACCACAUCGUCGGAGCCAUCGUUCACCACGAAAAAGCGUUGCGUGAGCAGGCCAAAAAGAUGAACGUCUCCUCGCUCCGCUCCAAUUCCGACCAGACUGCCCAGAGCGCCGAGAUCCGUGUCGCCAAAAUCGCCAUGAUGAACAUUUCUCUGUGGGUAGCUGCUUGGACACCUUACGCUGCCAUUUGCUUGCAGGGAGCCGUCGGAAAUCAGGAUACGAUCACGCCUUUGGUCACCAUUUUACCAGCUCUGAUUGCCAAAAGCGCUUCGAUCUUUAAUCCUAUUAUCUACGCCAUUUCGCAUCCGAAAUAUCGUCUGGCUCUGCAGAAAACGGUUCCAUGGUUCUGCAUUAACGAGACCGCUCCACCAGCAUCAUCUGGAGGAGACACGCAAUCGCAGGGAUCCGCCUGCACGUCUGCGACUAGCUAAACGAAAUUUAAAUGGCAUAUCUUCUUUCACCCUUAAUUUUACUCUCUCCGGUUCGAAACUACAAAAUUUAACCAAACGAAAUUCUACUCGAUUCUACUUCAAUUAUAUCAAAGGGGAAAUGUCUACUGUACCUUUAUACGCGCGUAAGUUUGGCAACCUUUCGUCAGGUCUUUUUAUGGGCAUCAAGGUGUUUCUGUUAACCGCGCCCUGUUUUCCAACCGAUUUUUAAAAACGCAUCCUUAUUAUAUAGUUUGUACUUUUAAUGAGCUGGCUUCCUAUAUAUUGUACUGUCAAUUCAACCAGCAGCCUAUAACAAAAAUAAUCAUUUCUCAGCUUAAAUCAAAAGGGAUAUCUUGGAGUUGGCAGCGCACGACUCUUUUCCCAGAAAAUAGAAGUAUAGUUAUUUGUUUUAUGAUAUGUACCUACCGAUAUGACCUUAUAUGAUGUGAAACGUUCUUUAUCACAUUCUGAGUAUUUAUGUCAAUAAGGUUUACAAAAUCAAAAGACACAUACACAUAUUUACCCACUAUAUGUAGCUACGAAACCUAGAUUGAGAUUGAAUAUAAUAUAGCCCAAGCAA